AUGGAAAACGUUAGAAUGGGAAAUACAAAUGCCACUGAUGAAGAGGUUUACGCCGCAUGCCGACGUGCCAUGAUCCACAAUACUAUAAUGGCUCGUCCCGAAGGAUACAGGUCCCAGAUGGGUGAGAAUGGAAGUGGUGAACAACAACGUAUCGAAUUUGCUCGCCUGUUCCUUAAAAGACCCAAGAUCGUCAUCCUCGACGAGCCAACCUCCAGUCUUGACCCCAAAACGGAAAUCCAGGUCCUUGGCAAUCUCAUUAAUCAGUUUGUCGGUACUACCGUCAUCGCUGUCACUCAUAAUGUGGAGCUGGCCAAACAGUUCGACAGGGUUAUACUGCUCGACGAGGGCGGUAAAAUUAAGAAAGAUGGCAGUUAUAAAGAGCUGCUGACAAUGAAAACAGGGCAAAGAGCCUCACACUUAUUACAAACAGGUCUUACCAGGCAUCGAUCGGGAUUCGGAUCUUAUGGGGUUACCAUUUUUCGGGGUAAUGGUGAAUUUGAAAGCACCUGAGAGAUAGAAACAAAUUUCUCUCUGCGAAACGGGGG